ACACCCAGACAUCAUAAUGGCUACGACAGAUGGCCAGAGCUGGACCCCUACAGAGGGUCUGAAGCGUGGACUUCCCUGCCUUGGAGCUAUUAGUCCCCCCAAGUUUCAAGUUCCGGGUGUUCAUGAGACUCUAGAUGUUAUCGUUAUCGGUGCUGGAUAUGCUGGUCUUGUGGCUGCACGUGACCUUACCACGCAAGGCAAAAAGACUCUUUUAUUGGAGGGUAGGGACCGCAUUGGUGGUCGCACAUGGCACGGGACGCUCGAUGGCUUCAACUAUGAGAUGGGAGGGACCUGGAUACACUGGACAAUGCCUCACAUUUAUCGCGAAGUAUCUCUUUACGGCCUCAAUGACGAUUGGAUUGUCAGCCAGCAACCGGGUGGAAAGCUAGACUACGCGACCGUGGUAGCUGGCGAACGGAGGGUAGAUUUGACCCACGACGAAGAGGCGACCAUUAUUGUCAGAAUUUGGGGGGAGUUCUGUAACAUUGAUGGAAACUUUGCGAAGGAUGCCAUGCCAUAUCCCUUCCAAGGAAUGCGAAAUCGGUCUGCCAUGACCGAAAUCGAUCAGCUAUCCUGCCGCGACCGCUUGAACCAGAUCAAGCACAAGUUUAAUGACGUAGAGAUUACCGUUCUGGAGAGCAUGCUUCUGCAGAUGGGUGGGGGACCAAUUGAGAGAAUGGGCUUGUUGGAUGCUAUACGCUGGUUCGCCCUUGGAGGUCAUACGCCGCUUGGUUUGAACGCCAUUGCAUUGAGCACCCGACUUAGAAGUGGCCAAAGCACACUGCACCGCAAAAUCUUCGACCAUGCCCGCUGCACAGGCAAACUUUCCUACAGCUUCUCUACCGCUGUUGAUCGUAUCGAAGACCGUGACGGUUUGGUCAGGGUAACUAGCAGGAAUGGCCAGACAUGGAAAGCUCGCAAGGUCAUCUGCACCGUACCACUCAACGUCCUGGGAGACAUCUCUUUUAAUCCACCUCUUCCCACCCUGAAAGAGCAAGCGAUCAAAGAAGGCUCUGUCCAGCACUGCAACAAGGUCCAUAUUGACACCGAGGGCGCAGAUUUACUGUCGUAUACGGCCUGGGCUUCGCCUGGGAAGGGCUUAGUUGCAGCGCUGGCCGAUAAUCUAACCCCCGCCGGUGAUACACACCUUGUAGCGUUCGGCCCCUCCCCUGGCAGUGUCGGUGGGAUUCACCUGCAUGAAGGUGUUGACCAGCUCAAAACCGCUGCCGAGUACAUCAUUCCCACAGAUCAGAAGAUCAAGCGCCUUGUAUACCACGAUUGGGACAAAGAUGAAUUCUCCAAGGGAACGUGGUGCUUCCUACCGCCCAAGUUCGUGAGCAACUACCUUGAUGCUUUGAAUAGACCCCACGGCAACGUCCUCUUUGCAAGCGCUGAUUACAGCGAUGGCUGGCGCGGCUGGAUUGAUGGCGCUGUGCAGUCUGGCGCAGAUUCUGCCAAAUAUGCUAUCGAAGUUUUAGGCUCUUGUAAUACCCUAAGAUUAUGA